AUGGACGCAGCAUCCACAGUUAGGACUGACACAGGGUCAUCUCUAAACGUCUUCACGCCAAUUGCGCUCGUUCCGGAUGACAUAUUGCUCGACAUCUUCCACGUCGUAGUUGCAAGCAUGUGGGAAGACCACAAAGUCACACCAUGGUCAUCGCUUGACAAAUCUGCCCCCACUUUGCUAUCCCAAGUCUGUCGCUAUUGGAGACAUCUCAUUCUUACAGCGCCGCGCCUUUGGGGCUAUCUCAUCCUCGGUACACAGUCAAGCAGUUCGGCACUCAUGACAUAUCUUUGCCGCUCGCGAGACGCUCCGAUAUAUGUGAGCUUCGCGGGUCUUAGGCUGGUUCGCGAUGCGACGGAGAAGCUGACCACCCAAGCACUGUUGCUUGUGGGACACGUACAUCGCUUUGUCAAGUUCCACGCUCUGCACCUACAACCCAAAGAGAUGACAGCAAUACUGUCGCCUCUCAUGAUUCCCGCACCACGUUUGUCUUCAUUGAUGUUACAUGCCGAGCGGCAGCUAUUAUCGCCAUCAAUCUUCUCCCGUCAGCUACCAUCGCUGCGGGAAGUUUCUGUGAAGGGCGUCUCCAUGGCCUGGCUGCCAUACAAGAAUAUGACCGCAAUCAUUCUAAAAGAUCAGCUCACACCUUCGCUUGACAAGCUGCUGUGGACGUUAAGAAACUGCCCCAUGCUCGAACGACUAGAUCUGGGCUUCCUCGGUGCAAUCAAUCAUGAAGAUGCCAGUAAUAAUAUGCCAACCGAACGUGUGGUGAAUCUUCUAUAUCUACAGGACCUAGCUUUACGGUCUUACGUCCACAACGACAUUGUCGACAUCCUCGCGCAUUUAUCUUUCCAGCCUUCCACUGCCAUCGACCUUACAUUUUACGGCUCACGUCGCACCCCAAUAAAUCUUGCGAAAGAUUGCCCUUCUUUACGAGCCAUCGUCUCAAGAAUGCGGAGCCUACAACUGAGGAUGAUCGCGGCAUAUACGUGGUCUUCGAGUCUUUCACUAGAAUCUGAAGACGGCAAGCUCAGGUUGCGGUGGGAGUGGUAUGAAGAGGAUAGUCUAGGUAGCAUCCUCCCUUUCAUCGGAUUCUCCACCAUAUCAUUCCCUGCACUUCGGCACCUGGCAAUAUACGCGACUUCGUAUCGCCUCAAAGCCGAGCAAUGGGCAACCCUUAUCCUGGCGCCCGUAUCCACAAUCGAAUCAUUGGAUAUCGACUUCCAAAAUUCCCGGGUUAUGGAGUUCUUCAAGGCACUCCGACCGCGUACCGGUGCACCAAUCACGGUGUGUCCGAACUUGGUACACAUCGUAGCAUCACACGUGGACGAGCAGCACCGUGUCUUGCAGGAACUGGCCGCCAGCGUCGGGAGUCGCGCCUUGCAAGGCAGCCGCCUGCGUGAAUUUGAGAUUACCCUACAUUCCGGAAAGAACCUCCCUAAUGAUGUCUAUGUGACGCUUCUGCAAUGGAUUGGCAAGAUCACCAUCAAACUCGCUCAGAAGGUGCAUGGUCACUUGUCAGACGAUUCGAAUGCAUGA